AUGCAUGUCUCAACCAUCUCCAUCCUAGCUCCCACUCUCAGCGUCUCCGCCUCUCCGCUCUUUGCUAGACAAAUCGCCUCUAUCGAGGAAACCACCCAAGUCUCCGAUAGUAACCAAGACGUUGGCAACGCUGAUCAGAACGCCGGCAACCCUGCCGCAAACAAGGGCAAGGUUGCCUGCCGGUGACUACAGUAUACCGUCGAGCAGGGAGUUGAGACGUGCGGCAACGCGCAACUGAAUUGCUGCAACAAGAUUGAGAUGCAGGGAGAUACUACCAAUGCAGGCUUGUUGGGAUCCGUGUUCGGUAGCAGAGAUAUUGGCAUUCAGUGCUCGCCCAUCAAUCUUCCCGCAGUCAUCGGUGGUAAGUAUAUCCCUUUUACUUUCUUAGCCGGGCGGUUACCUCUUGCUAAUCGCUGGUAUAGUCCAAGUUCCCAUCAACAAGCAGUGCGACGCAAAGGCUGCGUGCUGCCAAGGAGAGGUUUUCCCAGGUAUUGCCUUCCCUUCCCCUCCCCUCACUCUCCUUGCGUCUUCUCCUGUACUAUUAUUCACUCAGAACGGCCUCAUCAACCUUGGCUGUGUUGCUCUCGCCUCCCUCAUCUAA